AGAAUGGAUUCCUGAUUUCAGUUUUUUAUGAUGUUUAAUUAUAAUUUGUUUCUGCAGUUCAUAUUCUCCAUGGCGUUAGCUUCGUCCUUUGCCUAUCAACAACUACAACAACUGCAACAACAACAACAUCAACAACAACAAUGGAUGCCGUAUAACACAAAUCUCGAAAGCUAUUUACAACAGCACGAUCAACAGUUACAGCCCAGUGAUUAUUCUUCUGGAUUUGACUUCGGAAAUCACGGUUUCGACUCGGGCGAUCAAGGAGACUACGGCAAAGGUUUCGGAGGACAUGAUCUACAGGCCCAUUCGUACCCCGUGCAUCACCACGUUGAGGAAGAAAACCCCGAGCCAAUCAAACACUACAAGGAAAUUGUUGUCCCUGUGCCAAAGAAUGUUGAGUUUAAAGUACAUCAGCCAAUCCUAAUCCCGGUCCCACAUCCCGUGCCAAUCCAGGUUCCCGUCCCUAAAGCAAUAGUUAUCCCUAUUAUAAAAGAAGUGUCUAUCCCUGUCGAGAAAUCUGUCCCUUAUCCUGUUGAGAAGAUUGUGCAUGUCCCCAAAAUCAAGGAAGUGCCUUUCGAAGUUAUCAAACACAUAAUCGUACCAGUAGAAAAGCCCGUACCUUUCAAAGUACCUGUAUACGAAACGAUUAUACACACGAAGAAAGGAUCACACAAGAUUCGUUAAUUUUAA